AUGUCUUUCUUAAAAUUAUUACCACAAUCAGUUGUCUCAUCAAUCCAAAAAUCAUCAUGGGUUGAAUACAGAAAAAUGGGUUUAUAUUUAGCUGAUCUCUACAACACUACCCCAGUUGUUGAAGAAGUCUACAGAAGAUUACCAGAACACCACCUCAUUUCAAGAGACAGAAGAUUAAAAGUUGCUUUCGAUUUAAGCGUUAAAAAACAACUUUUACCAGAAAACGAAUGGUCAGAUAUGACUAAAGAUUAUGAAUACACUGAAAUGAUCGAAAAAGAAUCAGAAAAAGUUCAAAGAGAAAUUGAUAUCAGAAAGAGUUUCAGAGAUUAAAUUUAUUUAAUAUAGCAUAAUAACAAUAAUAAUAAAGUAAAAUGGAAUAAUAUAAAAAAUAAUAUAAAAGUAUAAUAAUUUUGGAUAUUUUUAUCAAAUAAAAUUUUAAAUAAUAAAUUAUAAAAAUAUUUAAAAAAAAAAAAAAA